AUGUGGCGCCCCGGCGCCCCAUUCUCCUUUUGGUUGCUAGGGGUGGCGGUGUCCAUUGGCUUUGUCGCCAUCUGCUCCGAGCUCUCUCGGCUGGCCGCUGCAUGGGGCAACAACGUGCUGCUGAAGAUCAACAUCUGCUUCUACCUCCCCAGCGUGCCGCUGCUGCUCCUGGGCGCCACCUUUGACGAGCACUUUGACCAGCGCUACGGCAAGCGCCGCACCAACACGUUCCGCGUGGCUGCAGGCUUUGGCGGCUGUGCCGCGGUCCUCCUGGCCUUCCCAUUUGUCCAGGGCCACCUGCUGUGCUUGCUGGGCGCGGUGGUGGCGCUGGGCGUGUUCAGCGCGGCAGCAGCCGGCAGCAGCUACCAGCUGGCCACGCAGCAGGACGACGGCGGCAGCGCCACCGUGGCGGUGGCCCUGGGCUACGUCAGCUCGGCUCCGGUGGUGCUGCUGGUGGAGGCAGGCUGGCGCAUCGGGCCCCUGUGCCCCUGGCACAAGGUGCUGGUGCUGUAUGCCACGGUGGCGGCCAUCACCGCGGCAGCCCUGGCGGCAGCCAUGGCCAUUGUGCGGCGGCAGCAGCCAGCCCAGGAGCCCCUGGUUGAGCCGCUGCUGCAUGAGUGGGCGCAGCCCGAGGUGCACGCCUGGCUGGCAGAGGGCAUCGCCGCGUCGUCCACCGCAGCAGCCGCCGCCGGCGCGCGCUCCAACCACGUCGCCGUAGACGACGACGACGAUUCGGUGCUGCUGGAUGGCGGCGACGCCGCCGGCGUGCAGCGCACGCUGCUGACCACGCUGUGGCCCGCCGCGGCCUCCCUCAGCAUCAGCAUCGCCACCUCCAUGCUGCUCUUCCCGCUGUUCCCCCACUUUCGCUCCUCUGGGGCUGUCGGCCACACUAUGCUGCCGGUGGUGCUGUUCUGGGUGCGCGCCCUUGCAGACAUCGCUGGCAGGCUGCUGCCAAAGCUGGCCAGCGGGCCGCCGCCCGCCGCCGCAGUGCUGUCGGUGGCUGCCCUCAGGCUCUUGCUGCUGCCGCUGCCCCUGCUGCGCAUUGCCGGCCACCUGCCUGCGCCGCUGCAGAGCGACUGGCUGCUGGUCGCGUUUGUGGCGGCGCAGUGGCUGGCCGGCGGAGCAGUGAAUGUGUGGGCCUUCCUGCUGCUGCCACGCCUGGUGCCGGCGCACCUGGGCCCACGGGCCGCCUCAGUCAUGACGCUGACCUUCAACACCUCCUGCCUGGCAGGCCUGCUGCUGGCCAUCCCAGUCCAAUCCCUCAUCUCCUGA